GGCAUGUUGAAGGUUUCGUCACAGCUUGUAACAUGUAGCAGAGGACAUUGAUCGUGUUUGGAAAGUGUCAACAAAGAUUCAAGAUAAAGGCAAACAAGCAUCAAAGGAAUCAAUUGUUCAAGAUUUUUCAAUUUUAGCAAAUGACAUUCUUAAUGUUAAGAACAAUAUGGUUGGAUGUGAUGAUCAAAUGGAAAGGUUGUUAGAAGAUCUGACUCAAUAUAGUGGCUCGUCUCGUGAACGCAAAUUCAUUCGGAUCAUCGGAAUGAGAGGCAUUGGUAAAACAACUUUAGCAAAAAAAGUUUACAAUAAAGCGGACAUUCGUUCUCAUUUUGAUUUUCGUGCCUGGGCUAUUGCAUCUAGCCAACACAAUGUAAAGAAAAUCUUGAUAAGCCUUCUGCGUUCUCCAAAGGGUGACACAUUUUACAUAGAAGAUGAGGCAGAUCUAGCAGACAUGGUACAAAAAAGUUUGAAGGGCAAAAGAUAUUUAAUUGUAUUGGAUGACAUAUGGAGUACUAAAGCAUGGGAUGACAUGAGACUAUGCUUUUCGAGUGAAAACAAUGGGAGUCGAAUACUGUUAACUACCUAUAACAGUGAAGUAGCUUGUUCUGUUGGUACAGAGAAUCUUUCUUUGUAGAUGGGUUUCAUGGAUCCGGAUGAGAGUUGGAACCUUUUCCAAAGUAUUGUGUUCUCAAAUGAAGAAUUACCAUCUUAUGAGUUCUAGACUAUUGGGAAGAAUAUCGUACAAAAAUGUCACGGGUUACCACUAACUAUUUCUGUGGUUGC